UGCGCAGCACAAACAUUGCUCGUAUGUUUUGCGUUUUAAUUCACUUCAUUUGCUGAAUAAUACUGAUACCGGCUAUCGCAGUAGUUUCGAAUAAUAACUCGGAUUACGUGUAUAUUUUUCGAUUUAAAAAAAAUAAUUUCUGUUUAAUUUACAAAAAAAAAAAAUGACGCUAUCGAAACCUCAAGUGAAAUGUGAAGAUGACUCUGGAUUUCAAGAAGAGACUGUUUCUAACUCCAGCGAUUUUGAAAAAUCCGGCAACGGAGACAAGCAGGAUGAAAAACCUACUACCAGGAUCAAGCUUGGAAGAGGCAAACAGAGUAUUGUACUUGAAUUCGAAGACGAUGCUGGACGAAAUUUUGAAGCAACAGUUGACAUAUCUGAUAUUUGCAUCAAGUUCAAAGGAUUUGUUCAGCAGUUCGAUGGAAAAAAUUCUCAUGGAAAAAAAGUCGACGUUGAUACUUCUUCGCAAGAUUCAAAACAUUCUGAUGAAACGACGCAGGCUACUGAUAAAAGUAAAGGCAGUUCUGAAGUUGAUCGAUUUUCCGAUACUAAGCCAUUAACCAUACCUCCAUCAAGGGUGGAAGAAUUGAAACGAGUGCUAACAUUUCCUCAAGUAUUGAAAUCACCCUUGAAAGAUACGAAUAAAAUUCCAGAAAAACAUACAGAAACAAUAAAAAAUUGCGUGGAUAAAUUGAAGGUAAAUUUCCAGUAUUCAAAGGUAAAUAACAGUGAAGAUGAAAAAGAGAAUAAAGUUUAUGACACUUCCCUUGCAAAAUCAAUGGCAUCGAACAAAAAUCCAGACGACACGAAAUUAGAUUUCGCAGCUGUAAAUAAGAAACUGAAUGAAGAAGAAGAAUGGCUAGUAAAAAGCUCAAAACAAUUAAAGGAUUUGUCCAAUCUCAUCGGCAAUUCAAAAAAUAAAAAGGAAGAUCUCAUCAAUAGUGAUAAAUCGUCGAAAAAUCAUUCGUCUCCUAAAAUCGAAGUUGAAAAAGCCAGCAACGAUCCUACCUUAAACGUACUAAAACAAGCACCAAAGUGUUCUAUUGAUCCAAUCCCAUCAUGGGAAGAAUUUUCAAAAGAAUUGUCCCAUAAUCAGAAAUUAUUCACGUUAGGAAAAUCCAAAAAAAUCCAAACCGUGAAUAAAAAGUCUUCGGUAACACCUUUCAAUUCAACAUUUGAAAUACCUAAGGAAAAUUCUACAUCACCAUUCAACUCAAAAUGCCCAAAUGAAAAAAUACUCCCUCGUUCUUCAUCAUCAGUUGCCUCUCGUACGAUGUCUUUGCCCAAAUAUGAGAAACCUAUUAGUGCUCUACCAGCUGCUGCGAAAUCCACAGGUGAAAAAGUGGUUCCUUCGGCUAUAUCAGCUGAUUUUGAUAGAAACGAAAACUCUCUCAAAUCCAUAACAAAACCUACUCAAGAAAAGUCAAUUGGGCAAGAUGCACGGAUUACUUCCGAUGAGUGUCAGAAUCUCACUGACUCUGCUGAAAAACUUGUGAAAGAAAAAGAUGAGGUGAAAUGUACUGACUUCUCUACGAAAUCCAUUGAAAAUGAAGCUGCUUCUAUAAUCGACUCUGUUGCAAAGCCUACCAGUGAACAAGAACCGAUCACUAAUCCUGGUGGUUUAGAUAAAGACAUCGAAACAGUUUCAAAGCAUGAGACCAUAUCAUUAGCUCAAAAGUCGACUGUUCGAAGCAUUUCUGAUCUAUCUCAAAAAGACUCGACCUCAAAAUUGAAAAGUGAGAUAGCGACUCAAAAAUUAGAUCUUGUCAAUGAGACGUCCAAUGUAAAAGAGACAAAAGUCUCAUCUUCUGACUAUUCCACUUCAAGUCCUCCGGACAGUAAAUUAUCGAUUCCACUGGAGGCAAAGAUUUCUUGUAGAACAAUAAAAGUAGAAUCCGAGGUGAAAUGUGUGAAUGAGAAGCUUCAAGGACGAUCGUCUCAAUUGGUUGAAAAUCUGAGAUCAGAACGGGCCUCUUCUGCUGAAAUUUCUAUAGAACAAAAACCAGUUGUUCGAGAAGUCCAAUCUAGUCAAAAGAGCACGCAUGAUGGGUCUUCUGAACUUCGUAAUUUGAGCCAUGAUCAGUCAUCUUCCAAGGUAACAAAUGAAACAGCAAAACGAGUCACCCUUGAUGCCACUCCAAAGCCUAUUGAACAAAAACCAAUUGCAUCUGUCAAAGGAUGUCCAAGAAGAAAUGUGACAAAUGAACGAUCAUCAGAACCAUCUCCACAACCACCUCUACAACCACCUUCACAACCAUCUCGACCUAAUGUGACUGCAAGUUCAACUUCCAAUGAUGAUCACUCUUCUGUUCGUCGUAGAACUGAUUAUGAGUCUGAUCUGUAUGGAGGUGGACUCUUUGAAUCUCUAUUGAGAGACCUACAAUUUUCAUCACCCGUCAGCAGAUUAUCCAGCUUAGCAAGAACCGACAUAUUUGAGGAAAACUACAGAGAACCUGUUCUUAAUAUUUCCGGUAUCGGUAGAACUAAAAAAUUUAACGCAUUUAUGCAAUGCCCAGGAGGCAAAAGGCCUGUAACAGAUUUACCGGGAGUUGGUGAUAAAGGUGGACAACGUUUGAGAGCUCUAGGUUUUGAAACAGCUGGAAAACUACAUCAACAAUACCUGAGGUUUGGUAGAGACAAAUCGGUUUUUCAAAGUUGGCUGUGGACUGCCGCAGGUUUGAAUCGAAGAUGGUCUUCGCAGUGUUUCGAUGCACUUGAAUUGAUGGAUUGAUGGGCGACGUAAAAAUAUAUUGGUUACCUAUUAUUGAUUUUUAUAAUUACCCAAGUGAUAUGUUGAUACUCAGCUCAAAAUAAAAAGUUUAUACUUACUUUUAUCCUAA